AUGUCCACCUCAUUAUCCCCCACGUCAUCGCCCUUCACACGGGCCGUGGUGAGCUCUAUGAGGAAGCUGUACCCCGAAUCCCUCGCAGACAAAAGCUGGGAUAACACAGGCCUCCUCCUCGAAGCGCCUUUCAACCCAACCCGCCGACAAAGGAACUCCGUCCUUCUAACAAUCGACCUCACAAAAGCAGUAGCAGACGAAGCGAUCGCACGCAAAGCCUCCGCAAUCGUCGCCUACCACCCAAUCAUCUUCCGCGGCCUCAAAUCCCUCACCUUCACCGAUCCCCAACAACAAUCCCUCCUCCACCUCGCCCAAGAAGGCAUCAGCGUCUAUUCCCCCCAUACAGCUGUAGACGCCACGCCCGGCGGAAUGGCCGACUGGCUCUGCGACAUCGUAACCGGCACAAUCACUCCCUCCUCGACCUCCCCAUCCCAACCCGCCAAAUCCUCCUCAACCCUCUACACAGCCCCAACCUACCCCACCCCAGGCCCCAUCGCCCUCUCCGAACAAUCCAAAAUACCCCCGCACACCAUCUCAACAAUCCACCCCUCCCCCUCUCCCCCCGAGAACAUGGAAUCUGCAGGCAUGGGCCGCCUCGUCACCUUCGACUCCCCGCAGCCCCUAACCACCCUCAUUGAUAGAAUCGCAGAGGGGACAGGAUAUCCGGGGGGCAUUCCGAUUGCGAUUCCGCAGUCGGCCAGCGUAGACGAGCUGAUGAUUCGGACAGUGGGUGUUUGUCCCGGGUCCGGGUCGAGUGUACUUAUGAAGGGGGAUGUUCCGGAUUUGUUGUUUACGGGGGAGAUGAGCCAUCAUGAGGCUUUGGCGGCUAUUGAGCGGGGGAAGGUGGUUGUUGCGCUUGCACAUUCGAAUACGGAGAGGGGGUAUUUGAGGGGGGUUAUGAGGGGAAGGUUGGCGGGGGCUUUGAAGGAAGAGUGGGAUUUGUUGCGUGGGGAGGAGUUGAAGCGGUUGGAGAGAUCGGGGGAGGAGAAGUUGUUGGAGGUUCUUGGGGAUGCGGAGUGUGAGGUACUUGUUAGUGAGACGGAUCGGGAUCCGUAUGGGAUAAUGCUUAGGAGGGGUUAA